AUGUACAACAUGAUGGAAACCGAGCUGAAACCUCCCGCCCCCCAGCAAACUUCGGGGGGAGGCACAGGCAACUCCAACUCGGCCGCCAACAACCAGAAGAACAGCCCGGACCGGGUCAAGCGCCCGAUGAACGCGUUCAUGGUGUGGUCCCGCGGGCAGCGGCGGAAAAUGGCCCAGGAGAACCCGAAGAUGCACAACUCCGAGAUCAGCAAGCGGCUCGGGGCGGAGUGGAAACUUUUAUCCGAGGCGGAAAAGAGACCCUUCAUUGACGAAGCCAAGCGGCUCAGAGCUCUGCACAUGAAGGAGCACCCGGAUUAUAAAUACCGACCCCGGAGGAAAACCAAGACCCUCAUGAAGAAGGAUAAGUACACGUUGCCGGGGGGCUUACUGGCACCGGGCACCAAUACCAUGACGACUGGGGUAGGGGUUGGGGCCACCUUGGGAGCUGGGGUGAACCAGAGGAUGGACAGUUACGCGCACAUGAACGGCUGGACCAACGGAGGCUAUGGGAUGAUGCAAGAGCAGCUCGGCUACCCGCAGCACCCGGGCUUGAACGCGCACAACGCGGCGCAGAUGCAGCCCAUGCACCGCUACGACGUGAGCGCCCUGCAGUACAACUCCAUGACCAGCUCGCAGACUUACAUGAACGGAUCGCCUACCUACAGCAUGUCUUACUCCCAGCAAGGGACCCCGGGCAUGGCCCUGGGCUCCAUGGGCUCGGUGGUCAAGACGGAAUCCAGCUCCAGUCCCCCCGUAGUCACUUCCUCGUCUCAUUCAAGGGCUCCGUGCCAAGCUGGGGACCUUCGGGACAUGAUCAGCAUGUAUCUACCAGGUGCUGAAGUACCAGAACCAGCUGCCCCAAGCAGACUUCAUAUGUCCCAACACUACCAGAGUGCACCUGUUCCUGGCACAGCCAUUAAUGGCACACUCCCUCUAUCACAUAUGUAA